CUGCCCGGUCAGCCCCGUUGCUAUGGGGACUGGUGGGCGGUGAGUGGGGGAAAGCCCCGGAUGUUCGUUGGGGAUUCAACAUGGCGGCGGCGGUGGCCGCGGUGGCGGCGGCGCAAGAGAGCUGAGGGCGGCAUGAGGGCGCCGAGUUCCGGGCCGAGCAGCUAGGCCUCGAGCAAGUGCUCUGCCGAGCCGAUGAGUAACCCGAAGCCCCAAGAGGAGACGUCACCUGCCAGAGGGCACUUCUAGCACAGCCAGCAUCGAACCAGGCCUGCCAGCCGGAGCCCAAGUCUACACCCUUGCGCGCUUAAAGCCUGGCACCAUGUUUGGGAAGAAGAAGAAACGGGUCGAGAUCUCGGCGCCAUCCAACUUCGAGCACCGCGUGCACACGGGCUUCGACCAACAUGAGCAGAAGUUCACGGGGCUGCCCCGCCAGUGGCAGAGCCUGAUCGAGGAGUCUGCUCGCCGGCCCAAGCCCCUUGUCGACCCCGCCUGCAUUACCUCCAUCCAGCCUGGGGCCCCCAAGACCAUCGUGCGGGGCAGCAAAGGCGCCAAGGAUGGGGCCCUCACGCUGCUGCUGGACGAGUUUGAGAACAUGUCGGUGACACGCUCCAACUCCCUGCGGAGAGACAGCCCGCCGCCACCCGCGCGUGCCCGCCAGGAAAACGGGAUGCCCGCGGAGCAGGCCGCCAUGGCCAGAGGGGGCCCAGAGAAGGCGGGCGGCCAAAGCCGGCCCCGCCGGCGACCCCCCACGGCCCCUGGUGUGCUGGGCCCCCACGCCUCUGAGCCCCAGUUGGCCCCUCCAGCCCGUGCCCCCGCUGCCCCCGCUGUGCCUCCUGCCCCUGGGCCCCCCGGCCCCCGAUCACCACAGCGGGAACCACAGCGAGUGUCCCAUGAGCAGUUCCGGGCUGCCCUGCAGCUGGUGGUGGACCCUGGCGACCCUCGCUCCUACCUGGACAACUUCAUCAAGAUCGGCGAGGGCUCCACGGGCAUCGUUUGCAUCGCCACCGUGCGCAGCUCGGGCAGGCUGGUGGCCGUCAAGAAGAUGGACCUGCGCAAACAGCAGAGGCGCGAGCUGCUGUUCAAUGAGGUGGUGAUCAUGAGGGACUACCAGCAUGAGAACGUGGUGGAGAUGUACAACAGCUACCUGGUCGGGGACGAGCUCUGGGUGGUGAUGGAGUUCCUGGAAGGAGGCGCCCUCACUGACAUCGUCACCCACACCAGGAUGAACGAGGAGCAGAUCGCCGCCGUGUGCCUGGCGGUGCUCCAGGCCUUGUCUGUGCUCCACGCCCAGGGCGUCAUCCACCGCGACAUCAAGAGCGACUCCAUCCUGCUGACCCACGAUGGCAGGGUGAAGCUGUCGGACUUCGGGUUCUGCGCCCAGGUGAGCAAGGAGGUGCCACGGAGGAAGUCACUGGUCGGCACACCCUACUGGAUGGCCCCGGAGCUCAUCUCCCGCCUUCCCUAUGGACCGGAGGUGGACAUCUGGUCUCUGGGGGUGAUGGUGAUCGAGAUGGUAGAUGGGGAGCCCCCCUACUUCAAUGAGCCACCCCUCAAAGCCAUGAAGAUGAUUCGGGACAACCUGCCACCCCGACUGAAGAACCUGCACAAGGUGUCGCCGUCCCUGAAGGGCUUCCUGGACCGCCUGCUGGUGCGUGACCCGGCACAGCGGGCCACGGCGGCUGAGCUGCUCAAGCACCCGUUCCUGGCCAAAGCGGGCCCACCCGCCAGCAUCGUGCCCCUCAUGCGCCAGAACCGCACCAGAUGAGGCCCAGUGCCCCAUCCCUGAACCAAAGAGCCCUUUGGGUCACCCCUGCCCUGCCAGAGGCCAGUGGGGAGCUGGCCCUGCUCCUCCCAGCCUGGGAGACACUCCGUGUGGCCCCACCCUCCUUGCUGGGGAGUGUGUGGGACCCUACUACUGAACUCCGGUUUUGAUUUUGUGACUUCUAAAAAAACACAGGGACUUGUGGGAGCAAGUAAGGCUCCCAGGACCCCUGCCCCCACCCUCCGGGACAGGCCCGCCCCUGUGUUUUCCUGUCUCUAGGAAGGACAGGCAGCCCUCCCAUCACUGGAACUCUGCAUUGGGGGCCACCGGGGGUAGAGACAACACUACAAAAGGUGUGUAUGUGUGUGUGCGUGUGUGUGUGUGCGCGCACGUGUGCGUGCACACGUGUGGAAGGGCCAGCGCCUCUGUCCUCCAGCCUGCAAGUGGGUGUCUCUGAGACCUCACCUGACACACAGCCCCUUCCCCCCUGAGCCACUGCGGGGGGUCAAUCAUGAAUGUCUGAAGAGUGGCCUUUUCCCGUCACCCCGCACCCCUUUAUGUGGCUGGUGGGGAGCAGGGGUCAGGGCUUCCCACCCACCCCCAGCCUCUGCAGAACAUGACUACUGCACCUGGACAGCCUCCUCUUUUCUAGAAGUCUAUUUAUAUUGUCAUUUUGUAACACUCUAGCCCCCAUCUGGGACAGAUGGUCUCUGUCCCACAGGGUGGCACCAGGGACAGAGCCACUGCUUGAAGAACCAGGUUCCUGGCCCCUCGGCGCAGCCCUGCCCUUCCCUCCCUCAAGUUAGUUUUACAAUUAAAACAUUUUCUUGUUUU